AUAAUUCGUUUUCAUUGCCAUCCUUUAUAUUACCACCUCCACCACGAACAAGGCCUCCAAAUGUACCAUUACCAUCCCCACCGAUUAGUUCAUCAUCAACCAAUACCAGCACUGCAACUGUCACUAUGCAAACAUUGAUCACGUUACCCUCAAUACCGCCACCUCCCACUCCACCUCCACUAACACCAACAUUGACAAAUUUGGAAUCUUUGACAAGUUCUUUAUCGAUUACACCUGAACCUGCAAUCGAAUUAUCAGAUGACGACCAAUUGGAUCCGGAUUAUGCGGAUGAAAUAGCCGCAUCACUUGAAAGAGCUGCUGAUGCAAGGAACACUGCAUCAUCGACAUUAUCUUACUAUUUCUCAAAUUAUAAUAACAAUAGAGAUGGUAACAGUAAUCGAAGAAACAUAACGGAGAACACUAACGGAACCGGGAUUGGAACAUUUAAUAGCAAUAAUGAUCUAGAUGAAACAAUGUCAAGUAAUUCGGUUGCCACAACACCAACGAAAAUACCAGUUGGUGGAGUAAAAAUUAUACUUGAAGAGAGAAAACCCGGGGAUGUUGAUACCGAUACUGAGGAUGAAGCAGAUAAUUUCCGAAAUCAACUACUGACUAAUAAUGCUAGUGACGGUCAUGACAUUAUAGAUCUAAAAAAGAGAGUUGUGGAUUCGGUAAUUGAUGUGGAGAUUUUUCCGCCUGUGCAUAGUAAAUUUGAUGGCAUGCGUAUGAAGAAAUAG